AGAACUAUAGAAAAGGUAAAUAACUAGCCUAGCUGACGGCUCGUAAUUUACAGAUGUUUUCUCGUAUUCUCCCAACCAUCCCGCGCAGUUUAUUUCGCCAGUAAACCGCUUCAAGCUAUCGUUUAUUGCUUACGUAACAGGCAAAAUGUAUGUCGAUAAGGACGAACUACAAAAUUAAUAUUUGGCGAAGUUAUCUUUAAGGUAUAAUUUUGCUUAUACUUAUCAAAAACAAACAACAAAGCCAUUGAUGUUGCUACACGAGCGAGAGAUUAUAACUGAUCUAAAUUACGCAACAACGCACGUGUAUAUCGAUGUUUACGUCAAUCGACAAUUAACACUGAUCACUAAGUGAUUACAUAACGCACGCAGGAUGUGAAAACGUCACGUACCUACAACGUCACGUACCUACAACAUCGGUUCUCAACUGAGUCUUCUCGCACCUGGACAAUUAAUCACACCUACAUCGCUUUAAAUAAAAAGCUUAAAAUGGAUUAAUUGAACUCUAUUAAUUAAAUCAACYAUGUAUUAGAUUUCUAUUCAUAUAUAACUGCCUACCUCAAACGACACUAAAAUACAUUAAAUCAUUAAAAUGUGUACACAAGACAAAGCUGUAUGACGUUUAAGGAAAGAAAAAACAGAUUUAGAAAUAGAACUCAUAAGCUGGCUUUCUAACUCUAUUGUCAUUUGAAACCAGUUAGUUGCAGUUUUCUCAGCCAAUCAGAACGCCGCGGUUAAACUAUAUAAGUGUCAAAAGUCGCCGAUGAAUCAUAAAGCAACAUUUCAAUGAUAUAUCGACAGCGAACAGAUACACUAACAAAGAUGGAGGGCUUCAACAACUCACUCACAAACCACUCAAAUAACUCAGGACACGCCGAGAGCAUUGUUGAAAUUGCUAAACGUACAUCCUUUGUAUUGGUCAUUUUACUGGGAAUUUUUGGCAACGUCUUCGUHAUCAUACUCGCGACAAAAUACACAGUACGCAGAAACCUGAGCCAUUUGAUCAUCAACAUGGCYGUGUCAGAUACACUAUUCCUUGUCGCUGCGUUCCUUGUGCCUCUUUCCUGGAUUUCGAACAAGAAAUUGACUAUCAAAUCUGAGGUUUUCUGUAGAUGCUUAUCGUUCCUGUGGCACACUACGGUACGAGUAUCUUUAAUAACUUUAUUGGUUAUCAGCAUUGAACGUUUCAGAGCGACGAAAAAUACUUUGCUGAGAGCGCGGAACUAUACACUAAAACAACGAAUGACUGUACUCGGAUUCUGCUGGUUAGUUCCCAUGCUUUUCGCUGCCUUCACUGCGUAUGCAGAACUGUCUUGUUUGGAAGAAAAGACAAGAAAAUCUCUUACACCAGCAUUUUUGGUUCACGAAAUUUUAGUUGUUUUGUGCUGUUGUGUUAUAUUCGCCCUUGGCAUUCUAACCACAAAACGACUGUCCAGAUUACGACCAAAUCCCCAUCUCAAUGAAGAACAGCAAAAGGCUAGAGCUCGCCGAACAAAAGCAGCCGCAAGAAUGGUCCUCACGUCAGUCUUCUUAUAUUCCUGCUGCUGCCUUCCGCUCUUAAUUUUCAACGCUUUGUACUACGUACAAACCUCCAUUCCAUCUGUUGAUAUUAUUGAUG